AUGGCCGAACCCAUGGUCAUCCUCUACCCAGCAACCUGUCUCACCUUCACAGCCAUAUUCCUCGUCUUCCGCAAUCGAGAAUCGAUCAUCUAUGGUCUAAUCCGCUGUGCUCAACUUAUCGAUCUCAGAAACCACUAUGUCGAACUACAUAUUCAAACCGACGACACCGAGGUCGAGUCCGAGCUCAAAGAUCUCGAAGAUCAAUGGUACGCCCCUCCCGCCCCAAAUAAGCUAAAUCCAAAGCCCCAAAGGAAUCCCAGAAAGAAUAGAAUAAAAGAAAGCAAGGAGACCAACCAAACGCACAGGCCCACGCCACGAUCCCCAAGCGACAUCAGCUACUCCACCACCCCCUCCUACCUAUCAUCAAUAUCAACCGACAAUCCGAACUUCCCCGCAUCGAACCCCAGAACCCCGCUGGGGAGGUACUUCGAUCGGGAAACAGGGGCAAUCUACCCACAGGUCCUAGAGCCACCGACACCGCCGUGGGAAGUGGAGUUGACGACGCGGAUUGAGAGGGGGGUCGGCUUAGAGGCGUCUUGGGAUCGUGCGGUUGAUUGUAUGGUGGGGUUGUUUGUGGAGUUGCAUGUUUAG